GACACUUCCGGCGGAAGUAAAUAACAAGGUGCUAACAGCGUUAGCUUCCAGGCUUCCCUUUGUUUAUCGUCAGUUAGAAAACGGUUUUCAGAUGUUUGAACUGAAUUAUUCAGUGUCUGCAGUAACAAUAUAUUUAGUUCAUCAUUAGAGAGCAACAAUAUUUCUGCUGCUGCAGAAAUAUUAAAAACAAAACACCAUCCAGAGGUCGACCGUCCGCUCCGACUGCUGGAGAACCGAAUCAUCUCGGAACCUUCUGGCUUUCCACUGCAUCAGGUCUAACUGUGUUGGUCCUGUUGAUCAAAUUCUCAUAACUGAAGAGAGAAACUCCAUUGUUGACCAAAAGAUGCCAAACGCUACAGAAAUAAAGGAGGAACAGGGAGAACCAGACCUACAGCAGGUGGCUGAGACAAAAGACGAACCACAACCGAUCAAGAAAGAGCAAAUUGAACUGUGGACCUUUCAAGAUGAAGGGCAAUUUUUACUCAUGCAGGAAACUAGAUCCUCUCUGGUAACUCAUGAAGAAAGAGUCCACAAUGUACCAAAAGUAGAGAUAAAGGAGGAACCAGGACCUGCAGUUCAAGGAGAAUUAGAACCUUCCAGGAUUAAAAAGGAACCAGAACUUUUCCAGGCACAAAAUGAUCCAGAACUGAUGAACAUAAAAGAGAAAAAAGAAGAUUUCUGCACUAAUCAGGAUGAAGAUCAGCUUGUAGUGAAGCAGGAGACUGACAGCAUUAUGGUGACUUCUACUAAUGAGCUAAAAGACGACAGUGAAACAGAACCGAACAAGAACCAAGUACUCUCUGCAAAUGGCCUCAAAGCUGAGGACCAACAUCAGCAAGGAAGCAACCAGAAAGACUCAGGAAGUGGAGAUGCAGAUCUGGAGCCAAAGGCUCGCAAAUUAAGGGGCAAACGUCCAUACUUACCUGUGGACAUGGAAAGCCACUCAUAUGAGCAGGCUUAUCCUUGUAGGUUUUGUCAUAAGUCUUUCAGACACAGCAGUAGCUUGACUCGUCACAGAAUAAUUCACAGGGGAGAGAAGCCUUAUACUUGUGACACAUGUGACAAAUCUUUUAGAUACAUCGGUAGUUUGACUCGUCACAAAAAAACCCACAUGGGAGAGAAGCUUCAUUUCUGUGAGUUGUGUGAUAAAUCCUUCAAAAAACACGGUAGUUUGAUUUGUCACAGAAGAACUCACAUGGGAGAGAAGCCUUAUUCUUGUGAUUUGUGUGGUAAAUCUUUUAGACACGGCAGUAGUUUGACUCGUCACAGAUUAAUUCACAGAGGAGAGAAGCCUUAUUCUUGUGACACUUGUAAGAAAUCUUUUAGACACAGCAGUAGCUUGACUCGUCACAGAGUGAGUCACUGGGGAGAGAAGCUUUAUUCUUGUGAGUUGUGUGCUAAACGUUUCAUUACUAAGGCUAUUCUGAAAGAUCACUAUAAAACUCACACAGGAGAUAACAUUUUUCAUUGUGACUCUUGUGAUCAAUCUUUCAUGACUGAGACUGAUCUGGUAGAUCACAAUUGCACUCAUACAGGCCAGAAGCCUUAUUCUUGUGACACUUGUGAUAAAUCUUUUAGACACAACAGCAGUUUGGCUCGACACAGAAAAAUUCACAAAUCUUUCAUGUCUGAGACUAUUCUGAAAGAUUAUUAUAAUCUUUCAGAAACCCUCACAGAUGAGAAGCUAUAUCAGUGUGACACUUGUGAUAAAUUUUUCAAGACUGAGACUAAUCUGAAAGAUCACUGUGUUACUCACACGGGCGAGAAACCUUAUUCUUGUGACACUUGUAAUAAAUCUUUUCGACAUUGCAGUAGUUUGGCUCGCCACAGAAGAAUUCACGAUGAAGACAAGCUCUAUUCUUGUGAAAUUUGUGGUAAAUCUUUCAUGACUAAGACUAUUCUGAAAAAUCAUUAUAAAAUUCACACGAGAAAGAAACUUUGUCCUUGUGACAUUUGUGAUGAAUCUUUCAUGAGUGAGACGAUUUUGAUAGAUCAUUACGCAACUCACAUAAUUGAGACACCUUAUGCUUGUGACGAUGGUGAUCAAUCUUUUAGACACCACAGUAGUUUGGCUCCAAGAACUCAUAUGGGUGGGGAGCCUAAAUGAAGCAAUUCCCUACAAAUGUUGUUCUAAGGUGUUUUACAGAGCAAACAUGUCUGAUUUAUAAAGUAAUCUAUUACCAAGUGAGUCGUAUCAAAUUGAUUCCAUUCGUCUGCAUUGUUUCCUAUUUAGUCUUUGUUAUAAUCCAGUGCAGUCAAGUUGAGUUUCUGUUGUGAAGUGAUUUCUAUCAAAGGAAGUCCAGUUGAAUUCAUUGAGUAGAUAAAUAACUGCAGCAAUCCCUCAUACUGAACAAAUGUUUGAAAGUAAAUGUUUCUUUUUGAAAGUGAACUGUCGCCACCAAAUUUUAUAUACACUCUUUUUUUAAGGUUUUAUUGGCUCUAGUGGCCUUUAUUUGAAAGUUAAUCGACAGGAAAGUGGGUAAUGAGAGAAGGGAAAACAUGCGGCAAAGGUUGCCAGGCCAGGAAUCGAACCUGCGACGGCCACAUCCAGGACUAAGGCCUCCAUAUGUGGGUCGUGCUGAACCCCUGUGCCACCACAGCACCUCCAUAUAUGCUCUUUUUAUACACCAGUAAAAGUUCAAAUGUCUGGUGAAAUGGUUGAAAGGGCAACGGCAACAUAUAGUUGUCUGGAUAUAAACACACGAUGUCAGUUGAUCUUUUUGUUUUUAGACUUAGACUUAGACUGACUUUAUUGUCAUUUUGCAUGCACAGGGUGAAUACAGAACGAAAUUUCGUUGCAAACGGCUCAGGACAAUGUUUUGAGCUUCCAAUGUUGUGAGGUUACUCCAGAAUAAAAUAAAAUACAGUAUAAAAUAUGAUUUUAAUCAACGGAGCGGUGGUAAAGCCAUGGAGACUGUACCUCCAGUUUGUAGACCAGUCCUCCUUUCUUAGUUGUGGAAAACUCAGAAAGCAAAUGAACAACUAUCUCCCUCCCUUUAACUUUUUCAUCCUAUCUUAAAUUUCUUUUACUGUUGGAUUUUCUUCCUGAUGCUGUGUUUUUUUUUAAAUGUAAUUAUUUUUGUAAAGUCCUCUACAAAAGAAGGUUUUGUUUUUGUAUUAUGUCAAUGUAUUGUUUCAAAUGGACUAUUAAACAUUUAAAAGACCUCGUA